AUGUCGGACGACAGGCAGGCCGACCGCGCCUCGGCCGCCAGCCUCGAUCCGCCAGACAUCCCACAGUCCCAGCUCACCAGGAUGGACCCGGACUCCAUCCUCGCAGACGAGGCCGACCCCGACGGCGUGCUGGGCAACGACUCCGAGUCCGAGCCCGCAGGACCAUCGUCGAAGCGCACCUCGACCGCAUCGGCCAUCUUCUCCAACGACAUUGACAGAGAUCAUGGCCCGCUCCAGCUGCCAAAGACGCCCGAGCUCGACACGAACAACGCCGCAGCCUUCCCCACCGCCCUCCAGACCCCCAGACAGGCCGCCUUCCACGACGCUGCCGCCCCUGCACCGGACCCGAGCGCGACGGUGCGGCAGCUCGAGGAGCAGGUCAAGGACCUCACCAACCAAGUCACCGGCCUCAACGGGAAGCUCGUCAAGUCGUUUGAGCGCAUCUCCGACCUCGAAGACGACCUCUCCGACUCCCAGGAGCGCGUCAAGGCCAUGUCGGCCAAGAUCGCCGAGCUCGAAAAGGAGCGCCAGGAGCACCUCGCCGCGCUCAACACGGGCCUCUUGGUGGAAAAGGCCCACGUCAGCUCCGAGAUGCAGAGGAUGAUGGACCGCGUCAUAGAGGAGACGGCCCAGAGAGGCAAGGCCGAGAGCGACAAGCAGCGCAUCGAGUCCGAGCUCGACGAGCUCAGCUCCAGCCUCUUCAACGAGGCCAACAAGAUGGUCGCCGUGGAGCGCCUCGCCCGCGCCCGUGCAGAGGAAAAGAGCCGCCAGAUGGAGGAGAGACUCAAGGACACCGAAGGCAUCAUGCUCGACCAGCAAAGGGUGCUCGCCGACCUGCAGAGGCAGGUCGAAAAGCAGGGCCUUCGCGCGGAAAAGACCGCCGACGACGCUCUCUCGAUCGUCUCCAAGGACAGCGGCGACGCCGCCAGCUUCCACCGCCUCAACGUCUCUGCCCUGGCUCGCUCCGCCUCCCAGAGGACGUCACGCGCCGCCACCCAUGUGGUCCUGGGCACGCCCCUCUCGUGCGAGGCCCGCGUGCUGGUCAACAUCGUGCCGUACCAGGAGUUCCGCGCGUUCGUCGCCCACCUACGCAGGCUCCGCAAGCAGCUCUCGCCGUUCUACAACUACCCCCUGCCCAGUGCCGGCGCCAGCGACAGCCUCACCAGCCCAGUCCAGGGAUCGCCCAGGACACCGUCGUCCCCCGCGCCCAGCCAGGCGGGCGCCUUGCACACGUCGAUGGCCACCUUCACCGGCGUCACGGCCUACAGCCAGGGCUACAGCAACUCGUCCAACUCUGGGUCGCCCUUUGCUGCGGCUGGCCUCAGUCGGCAUCGCGACUACCCGCAGCUUCCCUCGACGGUCGAGAACAUGGUCUACCUGCCCUCGCAGCUCUCGCUGCCCUUUAUCAAGCGUGCGCAGGAGGAAGACGUCGACCCAUGCCUGCGGCUGGACUUUGCACCGGGCCUCAACUGGCUGACAAGGCGCCAGGCCAACACGGCGGUCCUCGAGGGCAACCUGGUGAUCGAGCCCAUCUUCCCCGGAGGCAAGCCGCCGGACGAGGAUGCCCUUCGGCGCGAGCAUCUCCACCUUCCGCCGGCAGCGUGCGCGCUCUGCGGUAUCCCGAUCGUCAAUGUACCGCUGCCUGGCGGCAACACGUCCGGGAACGCGACCUCGGACCAGAGCGCUCAAAAGUCGCUAGUGCCCAGCAGCAUCGCGACGGCAACCACCAGCUGGGCGAGCUCGGCCGCCAACUCGCUUCGCGAGGUGACGGGUACGGGCAACAGCCGUGAAUCGAGCGGCACGCUCAGCACCAAGAGCUCCCGGCCCAGCCUCUUUAGCUCCUUCCGACGGUCUGGCGGAACGACGAAAUCCGCCAGCACCGGAUCCGCCACGCUCGAGCCCGAGUCGCCGGUGGGUCAGAGCAGCGCCCUGCCUCCCAACGGCGAUGAGGCUUCAGGUUCGCUUCUGCAGCCAUCGCCGAUGGACACCACCCUACCGGUGCCGACGCACAUCUUCCGCAUCCAGGAGGGAGCCACCACCCGCUACCUGCUGUGUCCACACCACUGUCUGGCCAGGCUUCGCGCAGCUUGCCAGUUUUGGGGCUUCAUUCGGACAAUGGAGAGGUCCGUCGUCCUCGAGGGCAAGUUUGCGACCGAGGAGGCCAGCGUCGUUGCAGAAAAGGCCACGGUGUCCAAGGCGGCGCCGGCCAAGGUGCCCGGCGACCAGACAGCGCCCGCAGCAGACGGAGUCGACUUGACGGCGUCUCGAGCAUCGGCCGACGCUGCAGCGAAAGAUCCCGCAGCUGGCGCCGAAAUCGCCACAGGGCCCGAUGCGGAAUCGGCAGGGACCACGGGGAAGAGCGACAUGACCUCGGAAGGGCUCAACCAGGUGCCGGAUGUGUCGACGGACGAUGCGCCCAAGGACUCGGCGGCGACUCUACAGGAGCAAGCAGAGCCAGAAGAGUCCAGCAGAGAAGGCUCCGAUGAGGGGCAGGCCAAUGCGUUGCCGGCCCCGGCCACAUCGGCCGAUGACGUCAAAUCGGAUGAGGAGGACGGCUUCGCCGAUGCGGUCUCGUCGCCAAAGGCGAAAGCGGAGGAUAUCUCGGACGAUUCGCCAGCCGCGGAAGUCAGCCGAACCGAAACCGAGGAGGGGGCCAAAGGUGAGGAGGCCGCGACGGAGGCUGCGAAAGGGGACCAGGACGAGGACCAGGACCAGGUCCAGGACGAGGGCGCAGGAAAGGGCAAGGAAGAUGGCGACGCAGACGAAGACGAGACGGAGACGCCACUUGCACGCUCGACGGCCGACCUCAAAGAAGCAUCGGACGACACGCGGGACGGUCCGACGACCACGACGGAGGCUGGCGAAGCCACCGCCGAAUCGAAGGACGCGGCGUCCGAGGAUGGCACCGCCGCACCCGCCAAUGGCACCGACGGCAAGUCGGAUGAAGAUGCGAUGGGCGACAAGCCCGUUGUUCCACCGCCGGUGCCGCGGCGAUCUGCGGCCAGAGGUUCAGGUGCCAGCUCUCCCGCACCCACGGCACUGGCGGCUGCCCCCACCCUGCCACCUCGUCGGGUGCCUCGGCCCCAAGCCACCAGUACGACGACGCCCGAGACGAGCUCCGCCGGCGCUGUGCCUGCGACGGCACCCACAUCGGCAGCAGCGGCGACGGCGUCAGCUGCGCCGCCGCCCAGGACGACGCUGCUGUUGGGCGGUGACGACGCCGUGGACUGGGAGGACAAGAUGUGGACCGAGAUCACCCGGCUCAAGGAAGAGCUAUGGAAGGCGCGCGUUGGGCUGGUCGUUGACGAGGCCUAA